GGGAAGAUCGCCGGCAACCUGCCCUGGAGAGGAGGCGCUUCCUCCGGACCGAGUUUCUCCCGGAGAGGAAUGGACACGGAGGACGACGCUUUAUUGCAAGAUGUGUGUGGCAAUGAAGACGAAGAGGGGGCUUGUGGCCCUGGCGUGAAAACCAGAGGGUCCCGCCUCUGCGGGAAAUGCCAGUGGAACCCCAGGCACCAGGCCACUUUCGUGACUCUCCCCUCCUCGGAUUUUUGGACCGUGGUGGGCUGGGUCUUCACCAACCCUUAUUCUGCCAGCCUCAUCCUCUUCUUGGGGUGUGCCAUUCCUGUCGGUUUGGCCCUGACCAUGUUCCUCCACUACCCCGCUCUGGACAUCGACAUCUCGUACAACGCCUUUGAGAUCCGCAACCACGAGUCCUCGGAGCGCUUCGAUGCCCUCACCCUGGCCCUCAAGUCCCAGUUCGGCCUGUGGGGACGCAGCCGCCGAGACCUGGCCGACUUCAGCUCGGAGACUUUGCGGAGGCUGAUUUUCGAGAAACUGCAGCACCUCCAGCGCAACGCCUCGCGCCCGGGGUCCCCAAGCCUCUCCCGGAGGCGGCGAAGGGACGCGGGGCGGAAUCAGGCCGGCCCAGCCAACCACACCUCCCACCAGUCCCGAAGUCCCCUCCCUCGGUGGGAGUUCCCGAGCGCCACCGUGAGCGCCAACACCCAGACUCACGCCCACUGGCGCAUCGAACUCAUCUUCCUCGCUCGGGGAGAUGCCGAGAAGAACAUCUUCACCUCCGAGCGCCUGUUGACAAUCCACGAGGUGGAGCGCAAAAUUAUGGACCAUCCUCACUUCCAGGAGUUUUGCUGGAAGCCUCACGAGGUCCUCAAAGAUCUCCCUUUGGGGUCUUACUCCUACUGUUCCCCUCCUAGCUCCCUCAUGACCUAUUUCUUCCCCACAGAGAGGGGUGGGAAAAUAUACUAUGACGGCCUCGGACAAGAGCUUGCCGACAUCCAAGUCUUCCUUUCAUUUUUUGGCAUUGCCAGCAUCGGAAUUAGCUGCCUGGUGGCUCUUUUUCUGUACCACAUUGUCUUCGGGAUCCAGUACCUGGGAAUCCUGAAUGGAGUGGCAGCCUUUGUCAUCGUGGGCAUUGGGGUGGACGACGUCUUCGUCUUCAUCAACACCUAUCGGCAAGCCACCCAUCUGAAAGACCUCAACCUCAGGAUGAUCUACACCAUCCAGACAGCUGGCAAAGCCACCUUCUUCACUUCUUUAACCACGGCGGCAGCCUACGCCGCCAAUAUUUUUUCCCAGAUCCCAGCUGUCCAUGACUUUGGUCUUUUCAUGUCCUUGAUUGUUUCCUGUUGCUGGGUUGGAGUCCUUUUCACCAUGCCAGCUGCUCUGGGGAUUUGGUCUCUCUACUGGUCCUCGCUGGAAAACACCUGUCAGGCCAGAUGCAGUAAAAAAUGCACAAAGGAAAGCGCUUUGCAGAGCUCGGAUGGCCUGUUCGUCUCCUUGGCAGUGGCUGGCAGGUCAGGGCUGGGCCCUCUGCCUUACCUGGAUGAUGACAUCCCCCUGCUGAAUGUGGAAGAGGAGCCAGUUGCUCUAGAAAUGGGGGACGUCCCUUUGGUAUCUGUAUUGCCUGAAAACCACCAUCUCACUACCAACAAUGACAGCCCGGGACACCUGAUCACUCACCUCCAGAAGCUCCUCCAGUGCUGGGCGCUGUGGUCGGCAGUCAAAAACAAGUGGGUGAUCGUUGGGCUCUUUGUCUUGGUUCUCAUCCUUUCCAUCUUCUUCGCCAGCCGCCUUCGCCCAGCUAGCCGUGCCCCUCUCCUCUUCAGGCCCGAUACCAACAUCCAGGUCUUGAUGGACCUCAAGUACAACUUGAGUGCUGAGGGCAUCUCUUGUGUCACCUGCUCAGAUCCCCAGGGAACCGUCUACAUCUUCAGAUCCAAAGGCAGCAGCCGGCCGGUGAUCUACAGGUUUUCUCUCAACGCUACUGUGCCGGCACCCUGGCAGACAGUGCCCGCGAAAGAUGGAGAAGUGCCAUCCUUCCAGGUGUAUAAAGUUCCUUACGGUAACUUCACCAAGAGGCUGACCGCUUGUAUGUCCACAGUAGGGCAUGUCCAACCAGGGGCCAGCAAGAAGUGGAUGAUGACCAGCUUAUCAUGCGACACGAAGAGAGGGUGGAAAUCCGACUUCAGCUUCUACGUGGCCACCCAGGAGCAACAGCGCACACGGUAAUGCUGAGCGGGUGGGCAGACGAGCUCAGAGGGUAAUGUUGGAGAGCACUAGAUUGGGGAUAGGGGUGUGUGUAUGUGUAUGUGUGUGUGUGUU